UCUGGCCAAGAACAUUUAAGUGUUUCAUUAAGAAACUUGCUCUCAUACCCUUCCACCUCGCGCCAUCCCCAACUCCACAAACACUGCAUCCCCGAACCCCACGCCGGGUCGGGUCGGGGAGUCCGGGGCCCAGCGCGGAGCGGGGCCUCCUCGGGUGCCCGGGGGUCCGUGCGGGCGGGCGCCGGGAGACGGAUCGCUGAGCGAGGCAGGGCCCCAAACAGCGCGAACUCGGGAACCAUCACCGAAUACCGAGCUCAGCGUUACUACCAGUCCCUGCCCUUAUUCGCGCAAGAAAUACGAAUCCUGACAGCAGCACGGUGACAAUUCCAGUCAGAGUGGGGUCGGGCAGUUACCGGACGACCUGUACGGUCUCUCGGGGAUCCCCUAAUUCCAGCUUCCUCGGGGCAAGGGAGAAAGCUCUAAGCGUUGCUAGUUUCUGUUUUUUAUCAACAAAGGACCUGAGCAGAGGGGUCCCCUGCCAUCUCCCGCCGUCUCCCACGCUCUGCCACCCGCGUAAGCCGGAUCCUCGCCUCUCCCCGCCCCGACCCGCGAGCGGGAAGAGCGGGCAGCAGCCGAGGUGAGGGAAGCGGCAGCGGCUUCAGCCGCCGCAGUGCGCAGGCGCAGGCCCAGCGCGCAGGCGCCACCUAGAAGUGACUUCUCCAAAAAAGUCUCAUAGUUCCCAGUCACCUGAGCCCUGGGAGACGCUGCUGCGGUAGCUCGUCGGAUCCACGCCCUCCGCGGGUCCUGCCUGGCGACCCCGCCUUCCUCCUCCUGUCCCUCCGCUGCAACAGCCCGAACACGCCGGCAGCCUGUCCUUUUCCUCUUGCCCUUUCCCUGUCUCCGGCCGGAUCGGGCCGAGCCGGGCCGCCCGGGCGCGGUCCCUGACCAUGGCGUCCCUCUUCAAGAAGAAGACCGUGGAUGAUGUAAUAAAGGAACAGAAUCGAGAGUUACGAGGUACACAGAGAGCUAUAAUCAGAGAUCGAGCCGCUUUAGAGAAACAAGAAAAACAGCUGGAAUUAGAAAUUAAGAAAAUGGCCAAAAUUGGUAAUAAAGAAGCUUGCAGAGUUUUAGCCAAACAACUUGUACAUCUUCGGAAACAGAAAACAAGAACUUUUGCUGUAAGUUCAAAAGUUACUUCUAUGUCCACACAAACAAAAGUGAUGAAUUCCCAGAUGAAGAUGGCUGGAGCAAUGUCUACCACAGCAAAAACAAUGCAGGCAGUUAACAAGAAGAUGGAUCCUCAAAAGACAUUACAAACAAUGCAGAAUUUCCAGAAGGAAAACAUGAAAAUGGAAAUGACUGAAGAAAUGAUCAAUGAUACACUUGAUGACAUCUUUGAUGGCUCUGAUGAUGAAGAGGAAAGCCAGGAUAUUGUGAACCAAGUCCUUGAUGAAAUUGGAAUUGAAAUCUCUGGAAAGAUGGCCAAAGCUCCAUCGGCUGCCCGAAGCUUACCAUCUGCCUCUACUUCAAAGGCUACAAUCUCCGAUGAAGAGAUUGAACGGCAACUCAAAGCUUUAGGAGUAGAUUAGUCAAAAAAUCUCAUAAUAUUUUUGCUUAUGUACUACAAAGCAGGCGUGGUGCAGAUUCCUUUUGCAAAACACAUUUAUUUUGCAAAAAUAAAGACCAUGAGUGAACAGUUGUUUCCUGAUUCAUGGCUGUUUUGAAUCUUUUGCCAAAGAGUGACAAUGAUGCAAAAAUGGGAACAGUUAGGAUUUUAGUUAAACUAUUUAGGAGCAAUGAUGUGUAAAACGUUGAUUUCUUUUCUGCAUGGCACAGGGACAUUACAUUCAUUACAUAGUGUCAGUUUAUGUUCUACGUCUUUCUAUGCUGAAUAUAAAAAUCUUAUUAAAUGCCAGUAGGCACCAACUUAAAGAGACUUGUAAAAAUAUUAAAAGUAUCUCAUUAAUUCUCUA